GUCUCUAGGUCGUGUCGGUCGUGCGGAGUCUGUCUGUGUUUUCUCGCCGUGCGCUACAGUGCUGCCGUUGAGCGGUGACUAGUGGUGAUAGCGCGGACUUGAACUGACUUGGACUAGCGCAUUUUCCCAGGAUUAAAGUGAUUAGCUGUGGUGAGCACAAGGUGCGCGGAAAAAGUUUCCUGCAUUUCGAUGCAGGCUCUCGUGCUUCGAGUGAUGCUGUGUGUUGCUACAGUGAUUGAAGAUUAAUGUGAAUAUUUGGAUACGGUGUAUUUCGUGAAAGAGUGUGAUUUGAUUGUUUUGGUUAUCAACUGUGCUACAAGAAAAAAUAAAUACAACGGAUAAUGACAACACGUGACGCUAGUUGAACGUGAAUUUUGGAUUCAAGCAAAACCAUACCGCAAAAGCGAAAAACCAUUCACAGUGCUAGUGUAGUGGCAAACCUCCCGUGAGUAAACAGAACCCCACACGUGUUACCGGUUGAGAAGACGUCGACAACGACGACGGCGACGACUCCCCCGGAAGCAGCCCCAGAGGAGCGCACGUUGGCAUUGGCGUUCGUUACGCAGAAACCCCGGAGGAACACCCGCUUCAAAAUUUUAACGGAAAACACAAAGGCGCCCCCUAGGGCUGUCGCGUUGGCGUCCUAUCUGGGGGACGGAUUCUCGGCAGUGGGCACCCGGGCCCCACCGGCGAAAGACCUGAUGGCGUUCGGUUCGGUGCUGCAGCACAACCAGCACAACAUAGGUCGGGGCGAGCCGCCGUCCGGGGUUGUGGACCCGUGUGCCGGAUGUAACAAGCCAAUCCUAGACAAAUUCCUGCUGAACGUGCUGGAGCGGGGCUGGCAUGCGUCGUGCGUGCGGUGCUGCGAGUGUCACCAGCCCCUGUCCGACAAGUGCUUCAGCCGGGAGUCGAAGCUCUACUGCAGGAAUGACUUCUUUCGACGAUACGGUACAAAGUGCAGUGGUUGUGGGCAGGGGAUCGCGCCCUCGGAUCUAGUGCGAAAACCGCGUGAUAAAGUGUUUCAUUUGAAUUGUUUUACGUGUUGUAUUUGUAGAAAACAGUUGAGCACAGGUGAACAGCUGUACGUUUUAGAUGACAAUAAAUUUAUCUGUAAGGACGACUAUCUGCUCGGCAAGGGACCACAUCCAUCAACGAUGACAGAUUCAUUGAUGGGUUCGGCGUCGGAAGAUGAAGAUGAUGAUGAACACAUACGGUCAGGGUUAGGUAUAGGACCGCUUGGGCCAAAUGAAGGACCCCUCGGAGCUUCGGACCUGUCGGUGCAAAGUAUGAGUACGGAUAGUAAAACGGGCCACGACGAUAGUGACCAGGGUUCCCUGGACGGUGACCCGGACUGCCGGGGGGAUUCGCAGGCCGAAAACAAAAGUCCCGACGAUGGUGGCGGUUCGAAGCGAAGGGGUCCCCGGACAACGAUAAAGGCCAAACAGUUAGAAGUGUUGAAGACUGCAUUUAGCCAAACGCCGAAACCUACACGGCACAUUAGGGAACAGUUAGCGAAAGAAACGGGUCUGCCGAUGCGGGUAAUACAGGUUUGGUUUCAAAACAAGCGCUCGAAAGAACGGAGGCUCAAACAACUGACCAGCAUGGGCCGAGGGCCGUUCUUCGGGGGAGCACGAAAAAUGCGCGGAUUCCCGAUGAAUCUGUCGCCCGGUGGAUUGGACGAGCCUGGCUUUCCCUACUUUGCUGCCGACGGCAAGUUCGACUUUGGCUACGGCGGACCGCCGUUCCAUCCCCACGAUGCGCCCUUUUUCCCCGGUCACCCUGGCGCUGGACCAAUGCCUUUUAACGCUCCGGGAGGACCCAUGGACCACUCCGGACCGAUCCCCAUGGUGAGCGACUUCGGUGGCAUGACCCCGGAGACAAACUUCCUCGGCCAGCCAAACGGUCCCCCGGGUAAUGCGGCCGGCCUCGGUGGCCCGCCUGAGAAUAUGAUCGGUGGACCGAGGCCCGGCAGCCCCGAGUUCAUGACCUCCGGCAACUUCUCCGAACCUCAGAACAUGCAAAACGAGGGACUGGUUUGGUAAAAAUUACUGAACUUUUUUAGCAUUGUUAAGUGAUAGUUAAUUCCUAAGUAAUUUAUUUGUUUUUGUUAACUAUUUCCUAAACGGGUCGCGCACGGCCAGCAGAAUAAAGAGAUAGAUUUAUUACGUUUGAGCUUCUCGCAGAUUGCUGCAUUUAAACGAAUUGUGUACAUACUGCUGCCAUGGAAUCCUCAAAUUGCGCUCCAUAGACUAUUUAUCAAGAUUGCUCACCAUGGUUUCGGUCAUCGCUGAAGCAAUGUUCCUAAAAAAUUGCUCCAUUUUUUUCAAUCCAAAAUUCAACAAAGUUCUAAAUUCAGCAAAAAAAACAACCAUGCAAAACAUUUUUAUGCCAACAAAAUGCUUAUAAAUUAUUAUUUUUAGUUCAAAGCUCUAACUCUACUUAACUCGAUCACUGUUUUUUGGUCGACAAUAAAUAAAAUAUUGAAAGACACAUUUUUCAGAGUUUACAGCACUCAAUUAUCCGAAGGCCUUGGCAAUACUUCGGUCUUUUUUUAUUGUCGAGCUUAAGCAUGACCCCUAAACUUCUCUAAAGUGAUUUAGUAUUUUUAAAUCCUAGAUAGCAGCAAAAAUGACAGUGAUAAAAUAUAAAAAAAUGCAUUUUUAAAUUUAAUAGGCAAUAGUGGUAGUAGAACUCGAAUUUGAUGUUAAAAGCAGGAAAAUAAAAGAUCACAUUUUUUCAUGACUCGAUUAUCCGCAUUCCUAUACAAACCUUUAGAUAAUCGAACAUAGGAUAAUCGAAAUGUCGGGUACUCGAGUCUGCACUGUAUAUAUUUUUAAAUAUGUUUUAAAAGAAUCUAAACUCUUUUGGAAAACAAAAUUGCAUUAAUUUUUGCCAUCCUCACCUCAAUGAGGAAAGGCUGUAAAAUCACUCGAAAAACGAACUUUUUACUUUGACCUCCUAGACAUAUCGGCUCAGCAUCAAAUUCUGAGCAAAUGUCUGUGCGGGUGGUUGGAUGUUGAUAAAAAUAAUUGCACUCGAUUAUCUCGGAACUGGCUGAACCGAUUUUGUCCGUUUUGGCAUCAUUCAAUCCAUCUUGGGGUCCUCUUAGUCACAAUCUACAAAUGGCGAUGUUUAGUUAAGUACUUCAAAAGUUUUUUUUAAAUCGAUUUUGACUUGAGUCCGGAAGAUUGUAAAAAGGGUGGUUUUUGUAAGAAAACCUGUCAUGCUAUAUAUUUUUAAAGAUCUGACAACCCUAUCAAAAGUUAUGGUCACUUAAGUGUUAUUUACAGACUUUUUUGAGGCCAGAUCUCAAAAAUCUUGAUGAAAAAGUUGUCCGGAUCUAUCAUACAACCCAUCGUUGGCUAGGUCAUCAAAAGACCUUUUUAACGAGCUCAAAAUAUUGAAGGUCUGAUAACGCUAACAAAAGUUAUGAGCAAUUGUGCUAAAACAUAAUUUUUACGGAACAAAGAAGAGUAGAAAUUGCUACAGAUCCAGUUGAGGCAGCAUUCUUCAUAUUAUGGCAGAAACGUUAGUAAUGCUUUUUUCAGCAUUUUGUUUGCAUGCAUUCAGGCGCAACUGAAUACAAGCAGAAAGCUUUUUCAAUUGAUUUUAGGAGGAAGGCACCAAUUACAGAGGUGGUUUAAAGUAACGUUUUUUUCUAAGAACCUGUAAAGAAAAUGAUCUAUUUUGUUGAUAUUGAUCAUUUUUUAAGUCAAACAAGUCAAAAAUUAAGAAACUGUAAUUUUAACUAUAGAAAACGUUAACUUUUUAAUCUCAAGAUUCUGUGAAAUUUUAAAUGGCUUUGAGAACAAAACAAUAAAUAAGCAUAUAAAAUAGUUUAUUGCGGACUUUAAAAAAAAAACUAAAAAUAUGUGUGUUCAAUCUUGAUAACGAGUCUAUGCAAAUUAUUUUGUUAUUUUUUAGUUUUUCAUAUCAGACAAAACAACCUGCGAAAGGUUCGUCUCGUCAAAUGGAACCGAUUGGCCAUACUAAGGCCACCGAUAGCUUCUCGAAUAUAUUUCGCCAGAGUGAGAAAGAGCAAACGAAUAAAAAAAACUAACUUUGCUCCGUUCGAUUUUGUUGCGUUUUAAGUCGUUUAGUGGAUGGCUCGUUAACAGGCUUGUUUUCAUCUCACAUCACGUAAAAUGCUAAAAAACCAACAGUUUAAGAAUAUCCGUUGAACGAAUGUGACCGAACGGCGCUUGGUUAUGACAUCAUUUGGGAGGGAAUUUGACAACUGUUUGAUUUAUUUAAACAAAAUCAUCUUCACUUCUCCACGUUUUUUAAACACAUCGUGUAUGGAUCUCAAAUUUACAAAAGUUAUUAUUUGAAAAGUUGCAUUCCAAAUGAGUCAUAACCAGCAAAGCCAAGAAAUGAUCAGUUUUAAGGAUCUUUUUCUAGAAGACAAUUCAAAGUGCUGUCUGAAGCAGUUGCAAACAAAAUCAAUCCUACCAUCAGUAUUAUUAAUUAGAGAAGAGAAAGAAAACAUCUUGAAAUAGUUGAAGAGCUGCAAAGUUUUUAAAUCUUAUUAAAAUAGAACAAAAAUAAGCUCAACUCACCGACAAAUGCGGAAAAAAUUCUGAAUCUUUCAUUUUUUCAGUUAUGCGUUGUUAAAACUUUAUGAACCUCAUUUUUGUUUUGGAUUCGACGACUAAACGCAAUUUAUAUUCAAAAGUCUGAGCUCACCAACAUGAAAGCGUACAAGCGAGUCGAUUUUUAACAUUGUAACUAAUAGACAGAUAAGUAGAGCAAACACCACCAAUCAAUCUCGUCGAAAAAUGUAUCAAAUGAGUUACGCGCGUGCAUCCCACAUUCAGUGCGACACGGGAAAUGAAGAAUGAUUGUGAGUAAACUGUAUGGAAAGAUACUUUCCCCCUAAAGCAGAAGAAAGAAAAACUUCCUCGUACAUUUCAAAACAGCUUUAUUUUUUUUAAGUUGGUUAGGAAGGAAACUGUAAAUAACGUUUUAACUGUGCGCCUUUUUACAAGUGUAAAGCAGAAACAAAUCAGCUCGCAAAUUUGAGCGAAAGAAAAGUCAGUAAGGCGCGAUGCAAAUGAAAGUGAAGCCGAAGUGAAAUCGAAGAAGUAGAUAAAUUUAGAUGAAAUUGUAAGUUGAUGAAAAGAUGAGUAGGGAAAACUGACUUUUCUUUCGCUUUAAGUUUGUGGUUCUUUUCAAUGCAAAAAUUUGAAGAACACACUCUAUAAACUAUAUCGGUAAAUGGAUAUCAGAAAACGAUGUGGCAGAGGUGGAAAGCGUAGGUACUCGUAGGUGUAAUAUAAAAUACUGCAAAGGGUUGUACAUAAGCGGGCAAUGAAAAUAAAUAGGCGAGUGUUACGCGGAUACUCACCACGUGGGAGUAUGAGCAUUGUCAAAGUAUUUAUAUAAUCGGUGACAAUGGAAAACAAUAAGAAAGCAACGGUGGAACGUAAGGUGGACAAAAACAAACAUUGUGUUAAUAUUUAUAUAGGAAAUGACACUAUGGAAAUAUUAAAAAAUAAAAUUAAUGUGAAAUUUA